CCGGUAUUAUCAGUCGCACUUCCUCUCCUCUGACAGCCCUACUGACUUCUUCAAAAUGAGCCGUCCGACACUGCUUUAUUUCCGCGAUUUGCAUACACGCAUCUACUUCCUGGUGAGGAGCCUGUUCGGCAACUUACCUGGCAGAGCAAGGGAGGAGGGAAGAAGCCAGGAGAACCUCAAGGAGGGACAAUCUGGUGGGGGGAGAAGAGAAGGACGGACGACACCAGGCGGCCAGGUGGUCUGCCCUGUCCUGCUGAUCCCCUUUGGGGUCUAAAAGGUAACUCAAGGCAGGGAGCGUACCCCACCCAUAUUCCUUCCUCUUCCUGUUGUGGUUCCCAAACAUCUGAAGAACUCUAAGAGCCUUUUAUUCAGACCGAACCACGGAUGAUAAAACAGAUCAUGGUUGUCUAAUCUUGAACCGGAUGAAUUAUGUCAAAUGCGUUAGAAAAUUUCAGCCUCUCAAAAACCUUGCAGGAAGGUUUUGCCAGCUCAGUUCCCUCCACUGGUCCACUGACUAGGUCCUAAGGAUUGGAUGGAAUAAAGAACUAUGGUGAAAGGAGCAAUCAAAGCUCUAACUAUGACAAUCUAAAUUCUUUCAGGUGCUACAAUGAGUCGAAGUAUUCCAGUUGAAGUGGAUGAAACUAUUGAUUGGUCUCCAUUUCCAGAACAUUCACUGAAAGAGGCUUCGAACCCUUCUGUAGAAGUUAUAAAUAACUCAAUGCCUAUGGGAUCUUAUGCACCGCAAACAUCUCAUCCGAUAUAUGGGCAACUAGGAUUCUAUAAGCACCUUGACCAUGUCAAUUAUAAUAAUAGCAUACUGGAAGCUUAUGGCCAUAGUCUUCCAGAAGACACCUAUGAUUCUAGAAGAGGACAAUUUCCUGGCCCAUCCAGCAAUUCAACAGAUCGUUCAGAAUGUAAUCAUUUGCCUCAACACAAAACAAACCAGCUCUUGAGGUCUCAACCAUCAGCUGAUUCUCUUGACAUUGGGCACAAUUCUAGUAAUUUGCAAAGAAGUUCAUCUGAAAUAUCCCAGCAUUCAUUUGGUGAAAAUCAGGAAAAUGUAAAGCCCAACUGGCAGCAUGAUAAUAGGGUGCCAGUAGACCUAAGGACAGAAGAUGCAGGAUAUGAUUCUCAGCCUCAGGAUCCUCUGGGCAUUGGACAACCUGAGCUUCCCUUGUCCUUUACUUCUGUUUUGAACAUACAAGACCUUCCAAGGUCUCUGAGGUCCAGAGAAUAUCCACAGAUGGACUCUCAGUCAUACCCUUUAUUUCCACAGAUGCCCCAUCUUUAUAAUUCACCACAAGCUCAAUGGCAUCCAAGAUACUACAAUCAGAAUAUGUACCGCCAGAAUCCAUAUGGGCAAACCCCCUACCAACAUUUUGCACGUUCACCUCAAGUGCAGCUUCCUCUUCCUGGGCCUUGUGCAAGAGUCACCCGCCCUGCGCAGCAAAUAAUCCCGCAUUAUUCUAGUCCACAUGGACCCAAGUGUAAUGAAGAAAGACUGCCUCAGGGGGAAAGCUCUUCCGAAGGACUUCAGAGAUUUCAUGACCAGUUUCAGAAUCAGAUGCUUGAGAAUAACGCACCAUUCAAAAUACACGGUGCCCAUGAGGGCAUAGAGAGAUUUCCUUUUGAUUCCAUGGCUCAGUCUGGCAGUAUGACCACCUCGGGGGCUAUCCCAAGGCCCCUGACUAAUUCUGCAGCCAGAGGGACACUGAGGACCAGCAAUUUGCCUGAAGAACUACGUAAAGUCUUUAUAACCUAUUCUGUGGACGCAGCUGUGGAGGUCAUGAAAUUUGUGAACUUUUUAUUUGUGAAUGGAUUUCAGACUGCGAUUGACAUAUUUGAGGACACCAUCCGAGGAAUUGAUAUUAUCAAGUGGAUGGAACGUUAUCUAAGUGAUAAGACCGUAAUGAUAAUCAUAGCAAUCAGUCCAAAAUACAAACAGGAUGUUGAAAGGGCUGAAUCCCAGCUGGACAAGGACGAACAUGGUUUACAUACUAAGUACAUCCACAGGAUGAUGCAAAUUGAAUUUAUACAGCAAGGAAGCAUGAACUUUAGAUUCAUUCCUGUGCUCUUUCCCAAUGCAAAAAAGGAACAUGUGCCUACUUGGCUUCAGAAUACUCAUGUCUACCAUUGGCCUCGGAAUAAAAAGAACAUUCUGUUGCGUUUGCUGAGAGAAGAGGAGUAUAUCGCACCUCCAAUAGGACCUCUGCCCACUCUCCAGGUUGUUCCAUUAGGAGCGCACAUCUGAAGCACACAUGGACUAAAUAGUGUAUGAUUCUCUUGGCUGAUGGCCAGAGUUUUCCUGGCUACCCUUCUGGGUGAUGAACGGCAUAUGCACCCUUCUCCCCUUCCCGCCACAAAUAGAAUUUGUCUUGGGGUGCAGCAAGCCAAUGUGUUUCCUUUCCUUCUGAAGGUCUCUUUCUCAUACUGAUCAGGCACAUUGCUGCAUUUCAACAAACUGCAAAUGAAAAAUGUAUUUCGUGGUUUUUGCUUUCUUCUUCUUGAGCAACAUUCCAAGUCUGCAGUAAAGCAAGCAAAUACUACAAUGAGACUGAGUAUGCCAAAAACAAAUAGGAUACUCUUGUUGAUUCACAGCUCGUUUUGUUGUCAGAUAUAUGGACAUAUAUUGUAAAAUAAUAUUCCAAUGCUGUUUCAUGUACACGAUAAAAGAGUUACUUUUCA